AUCUUGGUCAUAUAAGCUUGCUACAAGAUCUUAAUAUGUCACUGCAAAUCUUAUGUGCCACAAAAGGUUUAACAAAAAGCACAUAGACAAAAGCUAAAUUGGCAAAAAAAAAAAAAGAAAGUGGGAGUAUAUGAUAAAACUGUUUAAUUAUUGGACUCUUAACACUUGAAACACUAGUGCAGAGAUAUUUCAGUGAAGCCAAUCAAAGUGGGGUUGGUGGAAUAAAUAAACAUACACCUAUUCCUGUAUUGACUUACUGGAAGCAUGCCCAACAAAACUUCAGAAACUACAUGAACCCUAUUAGGGACCUUAUUGUAUAUUUCUUUUAAUAAAUUAAUCAUCUAGUGAACCAACAAUAAGAACCAAAUGUCCUUAGAUGUCCUUUGAUACUCCUAAUGUCCCUUAGAAAUUUAGGUGUGUAUUUGCUUAUUGAUGCACUAGUGUAUCAGUUGUGAGACUAAAUGCAAUCUACACGUAUAACAUCAAUCAUUAGCAAUGAGUACGUAUUCACUACAAAUUUAUAACAUACUUGUACCACCUACUCCCAGCACAGACGUAUAUGCUUGAUAUACACAAGAACAACAACUAACAGGUCUUUAAACCACUCUCAAGUUUGCUCCCAUGAUUUGAUAUUGAAAAGAACAGCCAACCACAAUCUUGUACCUUUCUAAAUGUUUUUCUCUUCUUAAAACAUACGAGAUCCUUCCAGCAACCAGUGGAAGAAUUCUCAUUAUUUUAAGAAUUCUCAUAUCUCCUUUUUAUACUGCUAUAUCUCUCAGCACAUCUAAAACUACCUCUAGUUUGUGACUUUGUGCCUCCUUCAUCCAAGAAUCUGAUAACCGAGCCUCCAAGAGAGAUCAAAAUGAAGGUGCUAGACUGGGUGCACCAAACAUUUCGGCACAAUAGCAUCAAGCCUUUCAAGGAAUUGCACAUCGGGAACCCUUGCAUUCGCCUUUCCACACAGACUUCGCUUGAUGACCAAGACUCCUACACAAAGCAAAAUUUUGGCUCCAAAGAUGGAUUCACUUCCUUAAAACGGCCUAAACAGGAGGAAGAAAGCUAUUUUUCUCAUUAUAAAGGCCCAACAGAAGAAGAAACAUCUAGCACAAUCUCUGAACUCUUUCAUGGAUUUCUCAGCAUAGGAACCCUUGGUUCCGAAGCAAACAUCAAUGAGCCAGAGACUCCAACAUUUGCUACACCUUUGGAGAACAUAGCUGAAGGAAAACUGAAAGUGACAGAGAAUGACUUGAAGCUCAUAAAUUAUGAGCUAGAAAAGUUAGUAGAAGCUGAAAGUAAAGAAGAAGUGUUUGAUGAAUCAUCAGCUAGAAUUAGCAGUGUUAGCACCAUCACACUUGGUGGAAAGCAAACUGACGGUGUUGAAGAUGAAGAUUAUUGGAAGACAGUGGUAUGCCCACUCCAAGGAUAUCUAUUUGGCUCUUCAAUUGAACUACCAGAAACAAGAGCAGAAUUAAAGAAUGAAAAGGCAUCAUUGGCGGAGCUAUUUCAUAGAACAAAGAUAACUGAGAAUUGCACUGAGAAAUGUGUGAGAGAGGAAUUACCAGAUAAGCAUAAACACAAGUCUGCCACGCAUUUCAUGAAGAAGAUGAUCAAGAAGCUUCAUCUUUCUUCAAAAAGCUCUCUCCAUUCUGCUUGUGGUGACUUACCAGAUUCUGUUUCAGCAAAGAAGGAACUUGGCAAUGCAACUGAUUCAGUUUCAAGCAAAAAGAAACUCCACAAGGUUAUGCAUAUGUUCCACAGGAAAAUCCAUCCUGAAAGCUCUGUGGAUGCAAGAGAAUUCAUCAGAUCCAAGAAAUGUACUGCCAAGAUCACUCCCAAUGAAGGUGGCUAUACUAAUGGCAAUCUGGUACACAAGGGUGGAGACAACAGAAGAUGUUGUCAGGGGCUCCCAUCAAUUAGGGAAACCCAAUCCAGAAGGAACAAACUGAACUCAGCCCAACAAAGCAGUCUGAGUUGCAACAACCUUAGGGGAAAAGGGGAGCAUUGGAUCAACAUAGAUGAAGACUAUUUGGUGUUGGAGCUCCAACAAUAGAAGCUUUAAGAAAGUGGUGCUCAGCCAUCAUCCUUAAUAGUUACAGCUUGUCAAUGUAGUGUUUAAUCUUGUUGUGUUCUUAUGUGCAUGGAAUUUUAGUGAUGAUGGAUUAAACUGAAUCUUAAACAAUGUCACCUUGUAUUCCUAGUGUGAUGGUGAAAUAAAUCUUAAACACAACGUAUUAAUCUUGUAUUCCCAGUGUGAUGGUGAGUUGUGACUAAGUUUAAGUUUUCUAGUCAAUAAAGAUGAUCUUGGUUGUCUGCA